AAGCGUAUCUGAUUGCUUUCUGCGUGUCCCUGGCAGUGGAUGUGUGAGCGUCUGAGGUCCCUUCCCGGGCAAUGCAGUUUCCAUGCAACAUUCAUGCCUGUGUGCUGGGGUUUCACAUUACGGGUUAUCUGCGUUAAAGUAACAGCAGUCCUGAGGGUUUGAGUCAGUUUUUAAACCGGCCCUGCUAUUGGUAGGGACGCGACAGGAUUACAGCCAAGACGUCCCUGCAUUUUCUGCCAAAAUCGCUGUCAGAUUUAAGACACAUGCUUCCGCAACCUUCCAUGAGGGUUGCGAGAAAAGUUUGAAUCCAGAAUUGGGUUCCAGCCUUCUGUGGCUGUGACAUUGGUGGCCACAUCACCUCCUCACAGAGCAACUAGAACCUGGGGCAUAGGGUGGAAGGAUUGUUUUUGUUUUUGUUUUUUUUAAUUUGCUGGACGUGAAGUGAAUUUCGAGUGCUUUUUCAUGUCAAGUGCAAGUUAUGUCCACCUCCUGAUUAUUUUUGGAGCAUGAGAGCAUUUAAAUUUUUUUUUUUUAAUCUCUCUCCCCGCAUAAGAUUGAGCAAAAACGUUCCUUGACUAAUUGAAGUCAUUUCAUUGGAUUUUGAUCACAACUGAUUAUUUGUUUUUUUCCAUGUGAAGUCUUGGGGUUUCGAACUUUCCUUCUGGAGAAUGCCUUUUGAAACAGUUUGCUCUCGCUGCCUGAUGUCAACUGCUUGGUAAACCAGUGGAUAUUAAAAUACUCAAAAUGUACAGACAAUGGGCCAUGCUGAAUGUUUUCAUGAUGUCUUAUCUGCAGUUGGUGCAGGGCUCCAGUUAUGAACAUGGACCAGUGAAGUGUUACGCAUGGAUUUAAAAAAAAUGUUUCCAUUUGACUUUGAACGUUACUGCAUUGGACAGCACAAGAGGAGAUUUUGAAUUGUUGGAAAGAAGUAAUAUGCUUGAGGUUCUUCCGCUCUUUUAAAGAGCUCAGACACCAAGAAUUCUUUAGGUGUCCUAGGCAUGCGGACAUCUCGGUCAACAUUAGAACGGUCCGAACAGCAGAUUAGGGCAGCUUCUGGUUUAGAGGAACUGCUGCGAAUCACACACUUCGAGGACUGGAAGCUGUGGAGAUGCCGACUGAAGCUCAAAAGUGUGACCAGCACAGACUCUCGCUCAGCAUCCCAUCGGGCCACCAGGUUUGCGGCAACUUUCUAUGACAUUGAAACCCUAAAAGUGAUAGAUGAGGAAUGGCAGCGGACCCAGUGCAGCCCCCGAGAGACGUGCGUGGAGGUGGCCAGCGAGCUGGGGAGGAGCACCGACACCUUCUUCAAGCCGCCCUGUGUGAACGUGUUCCGGUGCGGUGGCUGCUGCAAUGAAGAGAGCCUCGUCUGUAUGAACACCAGCACCUCCUACGUUUCCAAGCAGCUCUUUGAGAUAUCAGUGCCUUUGACUUCAGUACCUGAAUUAGUGCCUGUUAAAGUUGCCAACCAUACAGGUUGUAAGUGCUUGCCAACGGCUCCCCGCCACUCAUACUCCAUUAUCAGAAGAUCCAUCCAGAUCCCAGAAGAAGAUCACUGUUCCCAUUCUAAGAAACUCUGUCCUAUUGACAUGCUGUGGGAUGGCGACAAAUGUAAAUGUGUUUUACAGGAGGAGAAUCCACUUGUUGGAAUGGAAGAUUACACAGCUAAGAGUGAUAGAAGCAGUCAGGUUCCAGAGCCCUCUGUGUUCUCAUUAUACAAUCACUCUCAUCUCCAGGAACUGGCUCUCUGCGGGCCGCACAUGAAGUUUGACGAAGAUCGUUGUGAGUGUGUCUGUAAGACGCUGUGUCCCAGAGAUCUCAUCCAGCACCCAGAAAACUGCAGUUGUAUGGAGUGCAGAGAGACCCUGGAGAGCUGCUGCCAGAAGCACAAGAUAUUUCACGCAGAAACCUGCAGGUCAAAGGCAUUUUCACUUUUAUCUUCAUUUGACCCACUGACAUUGAAUGUGAAUGCCCUUCCGAUUUGCUGUGAGGACAGAUGUCCCUUUCACACCAGAACAUGUGCAAAUGGAAAACCAGCAUGUGCAAAGCAUUGCCGCUUUCUAAAGAAGAAGGCUGCCUGUGGGCUCCACGGUCAAGAAAAUCCUUGACUCAAAUUUGUUCCUAAGUUCCCCAUCCCUGACAUUUUAAACAGCAUGCUGCUUUGCCAAGUUGCUGUCACUUUUUUUUUCCCCAGGUACUAGAAAAAAAUCCGUUUUACCCAUAGUCCCACAGUGACUCCAGAUCACUCUUCCAUUGCACACCAGCUGAGAAUUCCCUGGUUCACUGACAGAUGUCUUCCAACUGAGAUGCCCCUGCACACCGAGAAUGGAGAGGAGGGGACCUGUGUAAACCCUUUUUUUUUUUUUUUUUUUUGGUGAAUGAAAAGGGUCUGAUCAUCCUAGAAUCAGAGGGGCCAUAUGAUUGAUUACUCCAAGCCCAUGAGGCAAUUUUAUAGUCUCCAAGUCCUUUGCUAAUGCAACUCUCUUGUGAAUCAUUCUGACUCUUUAUUAUGCAGAUUUCGAUUUGUAGGAUCAGCCCUGAUUUUCUGAUUACUGUCCAGCUUGUAGUUUCGAGUUUACUGAACUACUGUCUGUUGUUUCAUAUUUAAGUGUAUUUAAAGAAAAUAAACAUAAUUAUUCAGGCCAUGGAA